UCGCAACAAGUAGAAAGAUGCCGUCGGCGAACGACUACAAUGACGAGCGCCAUAAGAAAGAAGAGAUGGCCCGUCGGGAAAAGAGAAAGGUAGGUGGAGAAGAAAACAACCACAAAAAUGGACUUUUUCCAAUCUGCUAUCCGUUCGUGUAUUAUAUGAAAAUUUUCGUUUGCCUUAUCUAUCAUCUAAUACUUAUUUCUGACUUACGAUAAACUGCAAACCAUAAAGAGCGCCAAAUCUCAUAAAUCAGAUGCACAAAGAGAGAAAGAAAGAAAAAGAAAGGAGCACAUUGAAAAGACUCUCCGAAAGCACGGAGGUGAACGAAAAAAGCAGAAGACGGAACCGGAAGCAACAUCCUCUGCGUUUCAGUCUCUCUUCAAACAGAGAGCACAAGGUUUUGAGAUUGCAUUCAAGUUCCGAAAUGCUCCUCCUCGUCCUCCAGUCGGUCCCUGUUUUAUCGGAACAAAUCUUGACGAAAAACUUAGAGAGAUUAGUCAGUACAAGCCUUUGAAUGCUGUCGAGGUCAAUUAUCGUUGGAAAUUGCACAGUGAACCCGACUUGGGUGUGCCUCUGGCUCCAUCUGCAAUGGACCCAACUUCAUACAAACAGAACCAAACUGAGGAAGCCCAAUUGCAUCCUGACGAUCUGAAGUUGCUAGAGUGGAAUGGUUCUAUGGCAGAUACAGCUGCCGAACAGUUGAAGAAGAGACGUGACAAUGCACGUGCGAUUGCGAGGUUGGCCCUAAUGGGUAAAUCCCCAGCCAAGUUUCUCAUGGAAAAGACGAAAACCACAAGAUCUGGCCCAGCUUCGACAAAGAAAGCUUUCUCUCGUGUAUUGGAUGAGGGCAUGCAGAGUUGGAUGAAGAAGACUACCUAUAUCACUAAUGACUACGGCCGAAAGGUACACGACUUCAAGUCGCUUGCCAAGACGAAACAAGAACUUGAGCGAGAAUUGGAGGUUCGACAACAAACAAUCAUGCAACGUCGAUCCGCUCCUGUUGUAUCGAGGACUUUUGAAGAGGUUAAGGCAACCGUUCAAAAUCACCCCAACAAGAAAGGAGUUACACCAGUGGCCGAAAUGUCAUUUUUGCCCAAUAUCGAGAAAUGGGGCAAUGCGUACACGUAUGUUGUCGUUGACAAAAGUCCUGGUGAUAAUUCAACGUUCCUGAACAGUUCGAUUGUCGCUAAUGUCCAGAAGAAGGAUGCUACUGCACGUAUGACAUGUGAAUUGUUUGGACAAUCUGAGAAUGAUUCCGGAUCCUACCUGGGUAUGCAAAACUACGAAUUGGAUGUCGUUCCUCUGAAGGAAGGGGAUGCACCGCAUGCUAAUUUCUGUAUAUGGGUUGAUCCAGAGAAUAACACAGCAUUAUACACCCCUAUUUCUUCGCGAGUUCAACUUUCGAACGGAAGGCCAAUCCGAGGAAAGAAUUACAAAUUGAACGUUACGAGAAGAGCAAUGAAUGAUGAGGAUAUGGCGGAGAUUAACGAACGCUUGGCUGAAGUCGAUGCCGAUGUUGAAGAAAAAAUAAAUGGUUCGAAUAGUGCCAACAACAAGUCAGGAAACAACAUUUCAAUUAAUGACGAUGAUGACGAUAGCGAUGAGGAUAUGUAAACCUAAUGGACACUUCUUGCUGCCUAGGGAUAUAUUAUUUGAAGUCAUGCCACGGCGAUAGAGAGUAUCACGAUCGAGCUCUAAACGGGAUAAGAAUAUAAAAGUACUUCUAGUUAAAAAUUGUUGGAUUCCUUGAAGACGCUGCAUUGUAUUUGGCGCAUACAUCAAUGCACGAUCUCAGUGCAACAUGCAACUACUAGGACUCUCAAAAACGUAGUUCAAAUACAUAGUUCCGUUCGUAAUACUAACAAUUACAUUUGACAAUAGUGAUCUCAGUAACUUGUACUUUGGAUGUCGGAGUGUUUUUAAAAUGAUUAUAUCUCCUCUGAGGAUACUGCUACAAUAUAGGUAAAAGGAUUACAACAGUGCCAGACCUUUAUUGUUAUGGAGAUAAUGAAAAUAAGAUUCUCGAGUGUACGGAACACAAUUUAUCUACAGUACAUGCCAGUAAAARACGUACUGAASGGUACCGUGAUUCUGUGCUAGGUGACUUUUUUCCACGAAUUUUUUGUGGAUCCUACUCCAACUAUACUUCACGAUGGCAUUUUGCCUGUCGCAACAAGCUCGUGGAAGACGCUAGCUACACGGCAAAACAUAUUUUCUUUUUCAUCGAACGGGGUUCAUUCUCUUGGAUAACGAACUAAAGACUAUGAGUUUUGGCAACGGAUAUAAUGGAGGCAGGACGGGAAUGGUGAGCCUAUCGCGAAUUUGACAUAUUAGGUGGUUGAAAAGAGGAAGAACAGAGAGCUCAAAAGUAGCUACGAUGACGGCAGUAUCGGCGUAUACAUGGGACGAUCUAGAUGUGAUGCUUUCUGCAUUAGCUGAAGUGCACGACGCUUGUUGAACCUAACAAUUGUUGUUUUUGCUUUCAAAUCGCCGUGUUUGCUUUGUUUCAUUGUUGCCUUGUGAUAAUCUCUCGAAAGGCCACAAAGGUUCUGUUGAAUGUAUACGACUUGAGUCCAACAAAUGAAUACCUCUUUCCUAUCGGAAUGGGUUUGCACCAUACAGGAGUGGAAAUAAACGGACGAGAAUACAGUUACGCCAGCGAG